AUGCGUGUGCCAGCCCUCCGACUGCAGUAUGCCGCCGGCGAGGCGGCCCGGCGAACGGCCGAUACCUGGCUGGCGGCCGGCCCGCGCCAGCCGGUGCUCACCUGCCGCGUCAGCCUGCGCCUGGCCCUGACAUUGCUAUACCACCUGGAGCAAGCGGCCACCUGCCUCCGGGCGCUGCUGGGCCGGCCGCAGGAUGCCGAGUCCCUGGUGGACAGCUUCCUGCUGUAUGGUGACGCCUGA